UUGACCUCAGCGAGCCUACACUUGACCACGCUACCGAAGCUCAUCGGCGACGCCGCGACCGCGACGGCGACGGCGAUGGCACAAGGUAAUGGGGCGCAUCCUCCCUCCUCGCCGCCGGCGGCCAUCUCUUCGGUGCUCGGCGACGACGACCUCCUCCGCGAGAUCCUGCUCCGCCUCGGCUUCCCCACCACCCUCGUUCGCGCCGCCCUCGUUUCCCGCCGCUGGCUCCGCCUCGCCUCCGACCAGGCCUUCCUCCGCCGCUUCCGCGCGUGCCACCCGCCCCGCCUCCUCGGCUUCUACCACACGGCCAGAGAGAACUUCCGGGACGAGAUCCCGUCGUUCGUGCCGCUUCCUCAGCCGCCGGAGCUCAGCGCCGUGCUCCGCCGCGCCGCCUUCCGGCUGGCCCCUGGUGCCACCGGCCCUGACGCGCCCGUUAUCCUGAACUGCCGCAACGGCCGCCUCCUCGCAGCGGAGUUUCCUCCCGAUGAGCCACGGGUCACCAUCAUCAGCCCGCUGCGCCCCGCCAGCGAGCCACCGGCUCUCCCGCUGAUCCACGAACUCCCUCGCCAGCCGGGGGAAACUCGGCAUGCCUCAUGUAUGCUUCUCCCUGAGGGGGGAGGCGGCGGCGACGAUCCGUCAUACACUAUUGUGGAAUUUUUACGCAAAGAUCAGGAGGCAUUAGCCAAGGCAGUUUCUGUAAAACCUGGAAUUUUGGAUCCGAGCAAUAUUUCUCAGUCGUCAUCUGUGGAGAUUCAUGGAGGCUGGACAAGAAACAUAAGGCGUGAUUUACUUGUCGACGACAAUGUCUAUUUCUUAGGCCAGAAGGAACGCAUUCUUGGGUUGAAUUUGGCAUCUAUGAGGUUGUUCCUGAUCAAGCUUCCCGAUGGUGUGGAGCAGCUGCAACGGAUGGGAAAUCUUGAGCUGUUACGGGCAGAUGAUUCCAGCUUAUAUCUUAUCCAUCUCAAGGGGUUUCAGAUUGAUGUUUGGUUCCGCACCGGCACUGUAGAUUGCGGUAGUGGUGGCAAUUGGGAGCUUGUUGAUACCAUCUGCUUGCGCCAAUCAUUUGGUCAGGUUGCCGAACCCAAUUGGGAAUCAGGGGAUGCUUUCGUCGCCCUCCAUAGGGUGGAAGACAAUGUUGAGGUGUUCUUGCAGGUAGACCGUGUGAUUUUCCACAUACAUAUCGUGGACAGGACAGUAAACAAAGUGUUUGAGCUGCCACCAAAGGUAUCUAGAUAUUUUGACAUAUUUCCAUUGAUGAUGCUCUGGCCUCCCACCUUCCCAGAACUUAUUUAUGAUCCAGACGAUGUUGAGUGAUUCUGGAAUAUUUUUCUUUUGCACCUCGCAAGUUUAUAUAUUGUAUACUUUGGGUCUGAAUUUUUCAUGUAUAGUAUUAGUCGUCCCCCUGCUGUAACCAUCUGAUUAAGGUAGCAUCUCCAUAGUUGAAGAUCAGGUUGAAGAUCAGUAUAUUAUGCAUUGAGAAUGUAUAUUGCAUGAUGUUAUAUUUGCCUGCAUCAAAAUAAGCUUUCUAUUUGUGUUAACCUAGUCAGCAUACUGUAUUGGGGGCUGCACACCCAAUUAUUACCGUUAAGGUCGUACUUCUGCUUAA